CUUCGCUCUUGUUCUUCGUUCGCUAUUAUGCACGCGAAUUUGCCCUAGUGCAUAGACAUCAUUUUACUCCUUUUAUUGCUUCUUCAUAACCUCGGUUUUUCGGUUUCAAUGACUAUAUCAUUGCAAUGUCCAGCCAUCUUACGGAUACUCUAGUGCCCCAGAAAAUUCCACGUCCAGAUGUGAAACAAGCCAAAGGCCGUUCAGGAAAGUACGUCGGUCCGAUCAACUUCUUCUAUCAUUGCUGGAUAGCGACCGGAUGUGCCAGAGACGUGUUCUACUCUGAGCUCAAACAAAACAUCUUGCAUCAUCUGGAUGGGUGGUCUGCAUCAUUAUCCAGUGAGGAUUUCGUCAUCUUGUCACUAUAUAUGAUUGGAAGAUCGGAGAGGACGGCAUCUCCUACGAUUUGUUUUAUCUCCGAGAGCAAUCGGUAUGGAAAGGAGGCUCGAAACGUGAUCAAGAAAAGUGGCAUACUCAAGAAUUAUUCAGAAUUCAAGACCGCCCACAUGUCGAAAGAUCCAGGAUGGGGCGAGGAGCUGGAACAGCUUGCGCGAGGCGGGAAUACAGACACGGUCAGGGGAGAAGAUCUGUUUCAAAGGCAGGCGUUCUUUGAUAAGUCAAUGCCAUUACGAUUGGUCGGCAUGCCCAUUUAUGUCCAAGAUGAUAAGCUAUCCAUUCACACCGCUACCGCGAAUGCAAUACAACUACAGGGUCAGAUAUACUACCUUGCGCCUUCGCAUGUCUUCUUCGAGAGACGACCGCGCCCGCUUUUACCUCUCGCUAUACCGGACGACGACUUUGAGAUCGACAGCGACGGUGAGCUGGAAGUCGAUGACGAGUUAGAAACUUCCAUAACAAGUCUUGGAAGUUGCAGUUCUGGUAGUCGUUCCGACUCUUCCUAUGUAUCUCAGGCCGGCGAAGAGUCUACGUCAUCGAAUACCGUCACUCAUGCCAGUGCAUCUACGCCAAAGAUGCGACCAAGCGAUCUGGCUGAUGCAAUGGCCGCACCCUUCUCGUUCGAGCAAGACCAUAUCUCAUCUAGACUGGUCGACGCUGAAACCCGAAGCUGUUCACCUGGAGGUACUCAACAUAGAUCUUUAGCACAACUGGGAUCCCUCUUUAAGUGGUCGAUAGACCAAGACUGGGCUCUGAUCAAGAUGGAUGAAGACAUAUUUCUCCCAAGUUCUCACUUCGGCGUUUCGGACCUCACCAUGGAUAAGAUCGCCCUUCAAGCACAAGAUCAGACCGCAGUCAUCACCCACACAGCUUCAUGUGACCGGAUAAUAGGCAUUGUGGAAGUGGCGGGGUGCCAAAAGUCCGGGUUCGCGUACGUGAUGGCUGCCCGUCAUAUAUUGCCCGAGCUUGAAAAGGCUGUUCAGCGGACAGAACAAACAACUUCCACCGCCGUCUUUGGAAUACCCGUGCAGGGACUUUCACGUAUCCCAUCUGUUCGGAAUACAGACGAAAUUGCUGAUCUGAAGUUCCAGUCAGACAUUCUUAAACAGCAGAGUGUCACCAAUAGUCCCCCCGUCGAAAAGGACAACAAGCCAACAUCUACGAAGGAUUACAGUGCCACGACCACGAGCGUGGUUACGUCUCCUAGCUUCAGUGCUACUGAUGCUAUCCAGCUGGCCCAAAUCUCCACGCGCAUCUGGCUUCUGGCUAAAGGAAUAUUAGAUGAUGUCGUUAAAACAACCAUGGUGAACUGCGAAUAUGUCCCAGAAGCUAGGAAGGGUCCAGAAAAGGCCUUGGAAGGACUUGUACGCGAGCUUGCAACUUUGAAAGCUUGCUUCGUGAAACUGGCUGAGCUCAUGACUGAGUAUGGGAAGCCACUACCCUUCCCUGUGCCUGAUUGGCGAGACACUUUGCAGGCCUGCGAGCAGAGUAUCACAGGAUCUAUGUCUGAGCGGCGCAAGAGCUUGAAGGUUUUCGCUUUCAAUAGCAUACUGAAAGUGAAAGAUAUCAAUCAGUUGCUUAAAAAGAUCACAGGUCACUACCGGGGACUCCAGAUUUGUACUUCUUUCCUGAAACUUCGAAUUUAUCUAGAAAAAGCCAAACAAACGCAGCGGUUACUUGACGCAGCUCCCCUCCAGUCAAUGCAAUCAGGUGGUCGGACCUACUCACCGAAUCCUUUGAGCGUAUCCUCAAGCGUAGAGAAUGUUGACAGCCUCCAUUCUUCCGCGAGUCUUUUGGGUGUUCCUUCCAGUGGGAUGACCUUUCGCCUACCUAUGCAGUCUGCCGCGCAUGAGUUCUAUAAAGACUCUGAGGUCUUGAAUCAAUGGUUAAAGAGCGAAAGACUAGCCACCCAUAUGGUUGGCAGCUCGAUGGACCCGCGCAAGCCAAUGACGUCACCUGAAGGAAGUGAUAAGAUUGCAGCCAUGAUGUUUCAUCUCAGAGGAGAGGUAGAUGAUGCCAUCAUGAUUGAAGAAAAUUGCGCGAAACGAACGAUUGAAUCACGGAGAACAAUUCUUUCUCCUUUCGAGACGAUGCAGCAGGAGGCACAGAAGAUGCUAUCGGAUCCGCGAAUGAACUAUACACGCGAGGUGUCACACGUUGACCCGGCACAGCCAAUAGAAACUUCCGUGGACUGGCGUGCCUUUGAAUCGAAGCCCUCACCAAACUCUACUGCGCAGCAGGCACUGUCCGAGUUAACUGAUCUUUCGAGUUUCCGCAGAAAAUCACUGACGGAGGUCAAUAUCGGCCAUGAACCAUUGGAAUGGAAAUCAUUGUGUCGACGAGUGCUUGUUGAGCGUGCAACGCUUCACGGUGUCGAAAGGAAAGCAUGCGACCUACAUUGGCGUUAUAGAGAAGACAAAGGGUUGAGCAUCCGAUCAAUCUUCAGUUCAGACGGGAACGCUCGUACGUUUAUCACGCAGCAUUUCCCAGCUACUGGGUCCAGCAUUCCCUUGACAACAACACACGCUGAUGGAAACGUUUUGAUCGAGUUCCCUAGAAGCUCCUGUAGCAAGCUAGAGAAUGACUUCACAGACAUCAGAUGUAUCGUUCCCGACACAGAUUCAAGCAAGAAGUUGCAAACACUACUUUACACGAAUAACGGCAAAGAGGAUGCACAGUUGAUAUUCUACCGACCCCCGUAA